UGAUUCAAAUAGCCUCUUCUAAUUCAGGUCCGCCUAGCAGUCGGUAGACGACCAGAAUAUACAAGAAUGUCUGAUAUAACUCGCCAGAUCGACAUUGGCCAAUUGUCCUUCCAGAGCCUUACCGCAGUCGCCCCGCUACUAUCCGCGAUAACAGCAGACGAUGUUGCUCCGAUGGCUGCUGUGCAACUUGAAAGACUGGGAGCAGCGUUUCCGAUCUCUGGGGAAAUGGCCAGAAAGGUACCAGACUACCUUCAACGGUUUAAUUCGACGAAACUCGAUCGCUUCGGGCUGCUAAUAGGCUGGCGUAAAGGCGACUGCGCAUCAUUCAUGGCAAAUUCCCUUGGCGGUCAGUCCAUUGCGCUAUUGAUGACUUGUCUGAAGAAUAUAUACCCCAAUGACCAUGGGAGGAUCCUCGCUGAUCUGUCUGAGCGCGUACUCGGCCCUGGCUUCGCUGUGUCCUCUCCCGCUCAGCUAGCCAGGGCUGCAGAUGCAAUAACCCCUAAGCUUGGCUGUUUAGGGUUCGGCAAUGUCCUUGCACGAAAUGCUACUCGAGUAUACGAUGCAUACAGGCACAUAGGAUCUUCUCAGCCGCGCGAUCUUCUUACAGUACCAAGCAGAGAGUCGAUUGUCGAAAUACUGUUUGGGAUAUCGCGCGCUCUUCAACAGGAAGAUUGCAUUGUCCGCGUGUCAGGGAAGACGUAUCUUGGGUAUAUUCAUGGUCUCGUUAUGAUGCUCUUUCCAGACGAUGCAAUGAUUUCGGUGGACAAUUAUAUCAUACACGAAGGAGUUCGCCGAUCAAUCGUGCUCGAAUUCAGGGACGUUUUCUUCUUGCCCAUCAGCACCCCCCGAGUUAGGACCGAAGACGUACUCGACUAUUCCAAAAUGUUGCUCGACAUACCUCUUACUACGAGUACGGAAUCACGUCGCGGUCCCAGGAUAGGCCAUCUGAGAUGGGAAGGGUGGAUCGCGAAUCAACUUAGACUCGAAUUUCUAGCAAGGGGUCUCAAGUGCCCCGACGCACUGCUUCUUGCUUGCUGCAAUCUCUUGGUAUUGAUACCGGAGUGCGUCAUGCCUCGUCGCGACGAGGAUCAGGGCAAAUUGGGUUCAGACAUCCAUUAUACCAUUGGUGGCUAUGAGCUACCCAAAAAUGGACUCACUUAUCUUCUCGGAAGUUACCCUCGCCAUCGCAUGCUUGAAACUUGCCAAACGGUUUUCGAAGUUCCGCCAUUUGAAUGGCCAGGGACACUGGGAACUGCAAUGAGCGAGCUUAUUACGACCUUCAUUUCCCAUGUCGCCUCGGGCAGAGGCUGUUUGUGUGCGAAAAUCCAAACAACUCUCCGUCGGCCAAAUACUGCUUGGGGCGAUGCUAGCCCUCAUUGUGGGGAUCCGGCUUGUACGUUUUAUCACUUGUGGAAGGCUGUUGGGAGGGCGUUGGACGAUGGACUGGUGUCCUUUUUUGUUCAGGCGGGCCCAGAUGCUACUGUCACCAUCACGAGACGCCAACCACCCAGUGGCCUUGUGACUCGAUACCUCACAGGCUGCCUCUCAGACCCAGAUUGUUAUGACUUCUGGUCCUUCAUAUGGACCAAUGUUAGCGGCGUCAUAAGUGAGACAAGGCCAUUGCAGCGAAUUUUAGCAUGGUCCGGAUCAAGUACCCUCUAUCCAGCGACUCUGCGGCAGCUAGAGCUGGAUCUUGAUCGUGGGGUCCACUACGAGUUCGUGGAUGGACAGCUUCAACACAAGGGCCAUUCUUACAAAUCUCUGAUUGCUAGCCCUGGCUCCCGCUCAAAACACUCAAUGCCCUCACCUAUGUACCAAUCAAGAGACAUUGAAGUUCGGCCAAAUUCUUUCGGUGCGCAUUCACGCCUUACAUUUACAGUCAACCCGCCCUCGACAACAACGACAAUGGACGAGCUCCAUCUUACUUGCGAGGCUCGCUGUGCUGGGCAGAAUAUCGCAGUCGAUUUGGCCAAAGUCAUUGUGGGAUCCUACGGUGUAGUUCUGGCAGAACCGUGCGCACACUCCAAGGAUGAUGUUCUGGAACCGGUCAUUCGAGCGGGUACCGCUUGCUCAACCGUUGCGUGCCCGAUUGCGAGUUUUAACGAAUUGUCAAUUGUGCAAGUCGCAAGGAACUCACCGCGCAACUUCUGUCGUGUGAGCUAGGUGCCCGGACCAUCCUUCAGAAGGGGGCAUGUCUGAAUUGCACAUAUCGUCAGGCCAAGAAUGAGGGAUAUCUGAUUAUCAUUGCAGGAUAAAACUAUGCCCAGGUCCAAUACCAAUCCUACACCUGCCUCAAUAUGCGUUCAUAGUUGACUAGCGAUUUCAAUAGUUCAAUAACGUCUGUUGAUUGAUGUCUUUUCUAUGGGUCAGGUAGUCCGAAUUUGGGAUCCAGCGACAGCUGUUUUGCA